GCUUCAGUUUCGAAGGAGCGCUCUGUGAAGGUGGCUGCAAUUGCAGAUACAUCAUUUCGAGGCAUUCAGCUAAAAGCUGCUUUCACUACAAUUUAGUAAUCUUAGUGAAUUUUAUUUAUACACAACGUGAAAGUCAAGUGCGCAGUUUGCAUCCGUGAUUGAUAAUCAAACAGAGAAGUGCUAAGAGUCUAGUUAUGUUUCCUUUAAUAUGAAAAGCAUGAAAUAUGCUAUAUUAUAAGUUGAUAUCCUAACCAAUAAUAGCUUAUUAGCUUUAUUUUGUGCUCGAACUUUUGAGUUCUUCUAUCAGGUGUUAGAAUUACAUGUAUUCCUUAUAUAACAAUUUUACUAAGGUUGAAAAAAUAGUUUGCUCAAGUUUCGUGUACUGUGCCAAAAUGUUUAAGAAAAAAUAAAUGUUUGAAGACAUAGCGACGUCUUUGGAAGCUGCUAUUAUUGUGUGGUCUCCGCAGUCACUCAUGAUUUAAAUAUUAUACCACUAAAAAGUCAUUGGCAAAUUUUUCAGAUUUAUGGAAAAAAGCCACUGCAAAGCGAAGGAUUGACGUGAAUUUCAUCGAUAGUCGUAGGUUCACGUCGUUAUAGUACACCACAUACUACAAUAUACAUGCAAGAGAAAGAGUGAGAGCAUCGAAUAGAUUAGAAAGAUACAAAAGUUUAUGUAAAUACUGAAUAACGACAACAAUAAAACUGCUUUGUUGGUAUUCUUCAAGCACGGAUAACGAAAUAACAUUAUUUUGUACUGAAAAUGGGUUUGGAUUUUAUAGAAGGAGGCAAUGCCGAUUACGAAAAUGCACUUGUUCUUGCCGGUUUUGGAAAAUUUCAUUACUAUCUGUUGACAAUAUGUGGAUUAAUUUACGCAAAUACAGCGGUCGGCAUAACAAUUAUUUCUUUCGUCCUACCGUCGGCGACGUGUGAUUUUAGGAUGACUUCUGAAGACAAAGGGUGGUUAACAGCAGCUCCAAUGCUAGGUAUGGUCAUCGGAUCAUAUUUUUGGGGCUGUUUGGCUGAUACCAAAGGAAGACGAGUUGUUCUGAUAACUGCUUUGAUACUGGAUGGAAUUGCAGGUCUUUUAUCUUCGCUCACUCCUUUUUUUGGAUUGUUUAUGAUAUUGAGAUUUAUCAACGGGUUUGCUAUUACUGGAGCAAUGGGUAUAUGCUUUCCAUAUUUAGGAGAAUUUCAACCCACUAAAUAUCGGGAAAAGGUUCUUUGUUGGAUGGAAAUGUUUUGGACGGCUGGAAUCAUAUUACUCCCGCUCAUUGCUUGGGCGCUUAUCCCACUUACGUUUCAAAUUAAAUAUGAAUGGACAAUCAACGAUAAAAUUUUCAAGUGGACAUUUGGAAGUUGGAAUUUGUUUGUUGCAGUGUGCUCCUUACCUGGUUUAAUUCUUGGUUCAAGCUUAUGUAUGUUUCCAGAAAGUCCCAAAUUUUUAAUUGAGUGUGGGGAAAUCGACUUAGCAUUAGAAGUUAUAAAAGAUAUAUAUGAAAAAAAUUCUGGUCGGGAUCGACUGGAAUAUCCUAUAAAAAGUUUAAAAGGAAAUGAGAAAGCAAACAACGUCAUGGAAAUACAUAACAGAUCCAAACGUACAUUGAGUAUGAGAAAACCAAAUCAUCUAAAAAUUUUGUUAAGCGAGAUUUGGGACCAAACGAAAGCAUUGUGUAAAUUUCCUUACUUGAAAAACACGAUUCUUACUUGUAUAAUUCAAUUCGGUAUUACUAGUAGUUACUACACGUUGAUGAUUUGGUUUCCCGAGUUAUUUGAUCGGUUCGAACAAUAUGAAACUCGAUUUCCGGGCACAUCUGCCUCUGUAUGCGAUGUCUCAUCAAUUGUACUAGGUGAUGCCAAUGGUAUACUUGUUGAUGAUUUCUGUGGAGGGUCCAUAGACACUAGUGUAUUCUUACAUACUUUAAUUAUUGGAAUUGCGUGUAUCCCGACCAGUUUCUGGCUGCCAUUAUGUGUUCCUCGUUUGGGUGCAAAAUUUUUUCUAGUGUCUAGUCUUUUGCUGGCAGGGACUGUCACUAUUGGACUUUACUUCGUAGUGAACUCCAGACAAAAUUUGUUUCUAUCAUGUGCUUUUGAAGCGCUAACUUCGAUGGCCAUUAGUACUGUGUAUUGUGUUAUGGUUGAUUUAUUUCCAACUAACUUGAGGGUUAUGGCGGCUGCUUUAUCAUUAACUUUUGGUCGGGGAGGCGCUCUUAUUGGCAAUCUACUUUUCGGGUACCUCAUAGAUCUAAACUGUAUCGUACCGAUUAUAAUUUUUUCUGUUAUGCUCUUAGUCAGUGGUAUAUUAUGUUUACUUUUACCAAGCACGGGUACCGAAGCGUUGGAUUGAUAAACACAGAUAAACAUAGCCGAUUAGAAUAGGAAUUAAUUCAUAAUAACAGAGACUUUUUUCGAUGAUCUAUAUUUAAAAAAUAAGAGAAUUGGAGGACAUAUUUCUUAUAGUUCUGUAGAUAAGGAAUUAAUAUACUUUAAAGUAUUCAAA